UGUAAAAAAAAAGAAAGAAACAAGAAGAAAAAAAAAAAACAAGAAGAAAAAAAUAAAAGAAUUCUAAUUUUUUGUGAAAAGAAAAAAAGAAGAGGAAGAAGAAACAAGAGAAUUAGAAACAAAACAACUCAAAGUUAUAAUUAAUGACCCGAGUGAAGGCAACUACUACAACAACAACAGCACUGAAAGAGUAUUAAUGAAAAUUUGAAAUAGUUUUCUUUUGGAAAUUAAAUCAAGAGUGUGAGAAAAAGUGAGAGAGAGAGAGAGAAAAUAAGAGUGAAAAUUCCCAUUUGAGAGCGGAAAAAUCAAGCUAACAUUAUUUUGGCCCAUCUUAGAAAAGAAGAAUUAAACGAAAUAUAAAAAGUUUUUUAAACGAACUUGAAACGAAAAAGUGAUAUUUUUUAAAAAAGAAGAAGUUUUAAUAAAUUAACAAAUUAAGAAAGCAAUAAAAAAGGAAUAACAAAAUAAAAGUAUUGGAAUAAUAUUGAUAAUAAAAGAGAAUAAUAGAAAAAAAAAUAUAUAAAACAGAAUAAUUGCCCAGUUGGAAAAGUUUUGAAAAUUAGAGAAGCAGAACAACAAUAACAAAAUGGUCUCAAAAAACGCCAAAAAGAAGCAGCAACAGCAAACAACUAAUGGCUCCUCAACAUCAUCAUCAUCCACAUCAGCAACAACCGUGCAGACAGUUGGAAAUCCUGGCACAUCCUCCACCUCAAGGGGCGGCAGGUCGACACACAAGGAUUUGCAGGCCUCAACGGCCGGCGAUUUCUACGGCAUAUCGUCGGGCAGCAAAACCUACAAGGCAUCGUCCAGUAAAAAAUCAUCUGCCAUGACCAGCGAAACCAGUGUCAUCAAUGAAACCGGCCUAACCCAAUCAUCAUCAUUCUCCUCAUCCCAGUAUCACGCCGAGGCCAUGGAUGAAUUUUCCUCCACAAGUGGAAAAAUCAUCUCAUCCAUUGAUCUGGUCAGUGAGAGUGCCAGCCAAGAGCCCGUAUUCUCGGUACCCAUAGAUGUGGUGGAAAUCAGCAAUACGGCAGCGGCCAAUACCAAACAACAAAUGUUCUCCAGCUCAUCGAAAAUGAUGUCUUCGUCCUCCUCCAAAUCUCAACAGAUAUCCUCUUCUUCAAGCUCCACAAAGGCUAUUCUCUCCGCCGAUGGCUUGGGGGAUGGUGGCGGUCAGAUUGUUGAGGUUGAGUUCCAACCCGAAACCGUGAUCAUUAAAGAUGAAUCAAUGGCCACAAAACAAGCUUACCAGUCAAUUGCCAAAACGAUAAAUGGUGCUACUGAAAUGACAUCAUCAUCGAUGUUGUCAAGCCAGUUUAAGGCCAACGAGUCGGUUAAUGGUCAGACCAUAAAUGAACAGAAUCACUCCAACACAGAAUAUUCUUCGUAUUCCACACCGAAUUAUAACAAACUGCCAUCCAUGGAUGGUGGUAAUACAAUGCUCUUAAAUUCACCCACAACCGGCGGGCAGCAGCCAUAUCAGGUCACCAUGCCCAUAACACCCACUACCUCGGAUUCGAAGAUAACUCAACAAGAUUUACAGAGCACAACCAAGUCUUCCACAAAUGAAUUUAUCAGCAGCAGCAGUAGUAGCAACAUACAACAACAACAUAUAAUUGAUCACCAAAUUAACACCAACAGCAACAAUUAUAUUCUUGACAAUAACAACAAAACUCAGAACAUUACCAACAACAGCAAUAAUAAGGGACUGAUAAGCAACAACAAUAACACCUCCACCAUUACAUCUUCCACUACCACGAACAACACCAAUGCCAACAAAAAGAAAUCAACGAAAUCCUCUACCAGCAGCAAGGAGAUAACCGAAUCCACCACUCAAGAGAGUUUGAGCAAGAAGAGCACCUCCGUCAACAAGAAAGAGAUAUACGACAUCAAAACCAAAACAUGGACUGAAAUAAGCGACGAUCUGAGCACGGCCGGCAUCAACAAGAAGCAACCGUCGUACGAACGCUUCGUCAGCCAUGGUCAGGAUGGCACCUGUAAGGUGACUUACAAGAAGAAAAUCUACGAUCAACGCAACAAUCGGUGGCGCGUCGUUGAAGAGAAAAUCGUGGAUAAUGCCCACGACACUGGUUUCCCCGAAAUAGCCGAUGAUGUCAUUAAUACAACACGUACCACAUACACGACCAAAGUUUACGACUCUAAGCUCGGUCAGUGGAAGGUGGUCGACGAGAAGUCGUUUGUGGAUACCAAAGCUUAUGUACCGCAAGAUAUUGCUCGUGAAAUUGAAAAAGAUAAUACAGAUGUUGCCAAUAUUACGACAACAACGGAGAUAACCAAGAUUUAUGAUGCAAGCAUCAAUGACUGGCGCGUUUUGGAUGAGAAGACACGCACAGAUGUCAUUGAGAAGAUUGUUGAGGCACCGAAAAAGACCGUUUACAUCGAUGAAUUUGUGGAGAUCGAAAAGAAUUCUAAAAUUUUGGAGGAAAAUGAAAAUAUGGAAUACAAUUUGAAUAAGACUUCCAAACGUAAGGAUAUUACCGAGAAUAUCUACGAUGAAACGGACGAAAGGCUACAGAUCGUCAAUAAGAAUAAGAAGACAAUCGAUUCACGAAAAGAUGGAGUCGACAAAACAUGGAAAAGCACACACACUGAAAUGUGCAUCUGUGAGAUCUGUACUUGUGGGCGUCAUCAUUGCACAACCAGUGAUACAACAAAAACAACCAAAACCGAUUCUCUAACUGAAUCUGUGGACAUGGUUGACAAUGUUGAGACCAGAAUACGCACCAAUACAUGGUCAAAGGAUGACUAUGAGAAUAAUGAAUCUCUUACCACAAUCAGAAAAGGUCCCAAGGACUCUCCCAAGCCACUGCCAGAAGGACCACGCGAUCGCUAUACGGAUCGUUUGACCCAGGAUACGACUAUUCUUGAGAAUGAAGAAUACGAAUAUAUCGUUAGAACUCAACCAGUGCGACCACAUGACAAUCUGAAGCCUGAAGGUGACUUUUACAAGCCGGAAAAAGAGGAAUUCCGACCAUCCGAGAGGCCUGCUCCCAUUAAGCCAGGUGAUAAUCUAAAGCCUGAAGGCGAGUUCUAUACACCAGAAAAGCCGGGCUUUAGGCCAGCCGAAAGACCCAAACAGAAGAAGCCUGAAGACAAUCUCAAGCCGGAAGGAGAAUUCUAUGCACCCGACAAACCAGGUUAUCGUCCUGCUGAUCGUGUCGAACGAGUAGUUCAUACCGAUAAUCUUCGUACUGAAGGUGAAAUGACCUUCGUGGAGAAGGAAGAAUAUAAAUAUGUAACCAGACCAGAACCAGUUUUGAGACCAGAUAAUUUGAAACCGGAGGGUGAAUUUUAUACUCCCGAAAAACCGGGCUAUAAGCCGGCAGAGAGGCCCCAACAAAAGAAGCCUGAAGACAACCUGAAACCAGAAGGUGAUUUCUAUACCCCAGAAAAGGAGAAAUAUAAACCCGGCGAGCGUCCUUCUCAGGUACGUCCUGAGGACAAUCUACGUCCCGAGGGCGAAUUCUAUACUCCAGAGAAACCUGGCUUCAGGCCUGCUGAAAGACCGCAACAAAAGAAGCCAGAAGACAACCUCAAGCCGGAGGGUGAUUUUUACACACCUGAAAAGCCAGGCUUCCGUCCUGCAGAAAGGCCACAGCAAAAGAGGCCAGAAGAUAAUCUCAAACCGGAAGGUGAUUUCUACAAACCAGAAAAAUUACAAUACAAGCCAGGAGAACGUCCAAGCCAGGUUCGACCUGAGGAUAAUUUGAGGCCAGAAGGUGAGUUUUAUGCACCAGAAAAGCCAGGCUUCAAACCUGCAGAGAGGCCACAGCAAAAGAAACCAGAAGACAAUCUCAAGCCAGAAGGUGACUUCUACACCCCAGAGAAGCCGGGAUACAGGCCUGCAGAAAGACCUCAACAAAAAAGACCAGAAGACAAUCUACGUCCAGAGGGUGAUUUCUAUGCUCCAGAUAAACCCCAUUACAAACCUGGUGAGAGGCCAACUCAGGUUCGUCACGAAGAUAAUUUACGCCCAGAAGGCGAAUUUUACACACCUGAGAAGCCCGGUUACAGGCCUGCUGAAAGACCUCAACAGAAACGACCAGAAGAUAAUCUUCGUCCGGAAGGUGAUUUCUAUACACCCGAAAAACCUGGAUAUCGUCCAGCCGAAAGACCAGAGCAAAAGAGACCAGAAGAUAAUCUGAAACCUGAAGGUGAUUUCUAUGCUCCGGAAAAACCGAAAUACAAGCCAGGCGAAAGACCUUCUCAGGUUCGUCCAGAGGAUAAUCUUCGCCCAGAAGGUGAUUUCUAUACACCAGAAAAGCCUGGAUAUCGUUCAGCCGAAAGGCCAGAACAAAAGCGGCCAGAGGAUAAUCUUAAACCUGAGGGUGAUUUUUAUGCACCUGAGAAGCCAAAAUACAAGCCAGGUGAAAGACCGUCUCAAGUUCGUCCUGAAGACAAUCUUCGUCCUGAAGGUGAUUUUUAUGCGCCCGAAAAACCGAAAUACAAGCCGGGAGAAAGACCGUCACAAGUACGCCCCGAAGAUAAUCUCCGCCCUGAAGGUGAUUUCUACACUCCAGAAAAACCAGGCUACCGCCCAGCCGAAAGGCCAGAACAGAAGCGACCAGAAGAUAACCUCAAACCGGAAGGCGAUUUCUAUGCUCCGGAAAAACCUAAGUACAAACCAGGCGAAAGACCUUCUCAAGUACGUCCUGAAGACAAUCUUCGUCCUGAAGGAGAAUUUUACACUCCAGAGAAACCUGGUUAUCGUCCAGCCGAACGUCCCGAGCAGAAACGACCAGAAGAUAACCUUAAGCCUGAAGGUGAUUUCUACGCUCCUGAAAAGCCAAAAUACAAGCCAGGCGAAAGACCUUCACAAGUACGCCCUGAAGAUAAUCUUCGACCUGAAGGUGAAUUUUACACUCCAGAAAAGCCCGGCUUCAAACCGGCAGAAAGGCCCGUACAAAAGAGACCUCAAGACAAUCUUAAGCCCGAAGGAGAAUUUACAACCCCCGAGAAACCUCAAUAUCGUCCAACAGAGAGAACUGAAAAGAUCAUCCAAAAAGAUAAUCUUCGCACUGAAGGUGAAAUGACAUUUGUGGAGAAAGAAGAAUAUCAGUACGUUGUUAGACCAACGCAAGUUCGUCCUGAGGAUAACUUGAGGCCCGAGGGAGAUUUCUACGCCCCAGAAAAGCCUGGUUAUCGUCCAGCUGAGAGACCGGUGCAGAAGAAACCUGAGGAUAAUUUGAAGCCCGAAGGAGAUUUCUAUGCACCAGAGAAGCCUGGUUAUCGUCCAGCUGAGAGACCGGUGCAAAAGAAACCGGAAGAUAAUCUGAAGCCCGAGGGUGAUUUCUAUACCCCAGAAAAGCCUGGUUACCGUCCAGCCGAAAGACCUGUGCAAAAGAAACCCGAAGAUAAUUUGAAGCCCGAGGGUGAUUUCUAUACUCCAGAGAAACCUGGCUACCGUCCAGCUGAACGGCCAGUUGCAAAGAGGCCAGAGGAUAACUUGCGACCUGAGGGAGAGUUCACAGUCCCCGAUAAACCCUCAUUUAGACCAGCCGAAAAAACCGAACGUAUUAUCCGUAAGGAUAAUCUAAGGACAGAGGGUGAAAUGACAUUUGUAGAGAAGGAAGAAUAUACAUAUGUCAAGAGACCAGAGCAAGUGCGUCCCGAAGAUAAUCUCAAGCCAGAGGGUGAUUUCUAUACUCCAGAGAAGCCAGGCUACCGUCCUGCCGAACGUCCAGUUCAAAAGAAACCUGAAGAUAAUCUCAAACCUGAAGGUGAUUUCUACACUCCUGAGAAGCCAGGUUACAAACCAGCCGAAAGACCUGUGCAAAAGAAACCUGAGGAUAAUCUGAAACCGGAAGGAGAAUUUUACACACCUGAGAAGCCGGGAUAUAGACCAGCUGAAAGGCCAGAACAAAAGAAACCGCAGGACAACCUCAAACCAGAAGGUGAAUUCACUGUUCCUGAUAAGCCAACCUACAAACCUGCUGAGAAGACAGAGCGCAUCAUUAGGAAGGACAAUUUGCGCACAGAAGGUGAAAUGACCUUUGUCGAAAAGGAAGAGUACCAAUAUGUGCGAAGGCCAGAACAAGUACGGCCAGAGGAUAAUCUGAAACCAGAGGGUGACUUCUACACACCGGAGAAACCAGGCUAUCGACCAGCCGAAAGGCCACAACAAAAGAAACCUGAGGACAACCUUAAACCUGAAGGUGACUUCUAUGCUCCCGAUAAACCUGAAUAUAGGCCUGCCGAAAGACCACAACAAAAGAAGCCAGAGGAUAAUCUCAAACCUGAAGGCGACUUCUAUACUCCAGAGAAACCAGGUUACAAACCAGCUGAGAAGACUGAACGCAUUAUUCGAAAGGAUAAUUUACGCUCCGAAGGUGAGAUGACAUUUGUCGAAAAGGAAGAGUACACAUAUGUCAAGAGGCCUGAACAAAUACGUCCUGAAGAUAACCUUAGACCAGAGGGAGAUUUCUAUACACCAGAUAAGCCGGGCUAUAGACCUGCCGAAAGGCCCAUGCAAAAGAAACCUGAGGAUAAUCUGAAGCCUGAAGGGGAUUUCUAUACGCCGGAAAAGCCUGGCUACAAACCAGCCGAAAGACCUGUUCAAAAGAAACCCGAAGACAACUUGAAACCAGAGGGCGAGUUUUACACUCCUGAGAAGCCCAAAUUCAUGCCAGGCGAAAGACCAUCUCAAGUUCGUCCGGAAGACAAUCUUCGGCCAGAGGGUGAUUUUACGGUUCCAGACAAGCCUGAAUACAGACCUGCCGAAAGACCCGUACAGAAGAAACCCGAGGAUAAUCUCAAACCAGAAGGAGACUUCUAUACACCCGAGAAGCCUGGAUUUAGGCCAGCAGAAAGACCGGUUCAAAAGAAACCGGAGGAUAAUCUCAAACCAGAAGGAGAUUUCUAUACUCCAGAGAAACCCAAAUUCAUGCCAGGAGAAAGACCAUCUCAAGUUCGUCCUGAAGAUAACCUCCGACCUGAAGGUGAGUUUACUGUUCCCGACAAGCCUGAAUAUAGACCUGCCGAAAGACCGGUUCAAAAGAAACCAGAGGAUAAUCUCAAACCUGAAGGUGAUUUUUAUACCCCAGAAAAGCCUGGUUACAGACCUGCCGAAAGGCCGGUUCAAAAGAAACCCGAGGAUAAUCUCAAACCAGAAGGCGACUUUUAUGCGCCAGAGAAGCCAGGUUACAGACCGGCUGAGAGACCUGUUCAAAAGAAACCUGAGGAUAACUUGAAGCCUGAAGGUGAUUUCUAUACACCGGAAAAACCCAAAUUUAUGCCAGGAGAAAGACCGUCCCAAGUUCGUCCUGAAGAUAAUCUCCGACCAGAGGGUGAAUUUACCGUUCCCGAUAAGCCUGAAUAUAGACCUGCCGAAAGACCAGUGCAGAAGAAACCUGAAGAUAAUCUUAAACCUGAAGGAGACUUCUACACACCAGAGAAACCCGGCUAUAAACCUGCUGAGAGACCGAUUCAAAAGAAACCCGAAGAUAACCUUAAACCAGAAGGCGACUUUUAUGCGCCAGAGAAGCCAGGUUACAGACCGGCUGAGAGACCUGUUCAAAAGAAACCUGAGGAUAACUUGAAGCCUGAAGGUGAUUUCUAUACACCGGAGAAACCCAAAUUCAUGCCAGGCGAAAGACCGUCUCAAGUUCGCCCUGAAGAUAAUCUCCGACCAGAGGGUGAUUUCACGGUACCAGAUAAGCCUGAAUACAGACCUGCCGAAAGGCCCGUGCAAAAGAAACCAGAGGAUAAUCUUAAGCCUGAAGGUGACUUCUACGUACCUGAACAGGUUAAAUUUUUGCCUGGUGAAAGGCCCAGCCAGGUUCGUCCCGAAGAUAAUCUCAGACCUGAAGGUGAAUUCUAUACUCCUGAAAAACCAGGUUAUCGUCCCGCUGAAAGACCCGUGCAAAAGAAACCCGAAGAUAAUCUCAAACCUGAGGGUGAAUUCUAUGCACCUGAGAAACUGGAGUUCAGGCCAGCUGAAAAGAUUGAACGCAUUAUAAGGAAGGAUAAUCUGCGUACCGAAGGUGAAAUGACAUUUGUCGAAAAGGAAGAAUACACCUACGUUAAGAGGCCGGAUCAGGUUCGCCCAGAAGAUAAUCUGAAACCUGAAGGUGAUUUCUACACUCCAGAGAAACCUGGCUACAGGCCAGCUGAGAGGCCAGUACAAAAGAAACCUGAAGACAAUCUUAAACCUGAGGGUGAUUUCUAUACCCCAGAGAAACCUGGUUUCAAACCAGCUGAGAGACCUGUUCAAAAGAAACCUGAAGACAACCUUAAGCCAGAGGGCAGUUUCUAUGUUCCAGAACAGAUUAAAUUUAUGCCCGGCGAACGCCCAUCUCAAGUUCGUCCCGAGGAUAACCUAAGACCGGAAGGCGAAUUUUACACACCAGAGAAACCAGGUUUCAGGCCAGCUGAAAGACCUGUACAGAAAAAACCAGAAGAUAAUUUGAAACCAGAGGGAGAUUUCUACACACCUGAAAAACCAGGUUAUCGUCCCGCUGAGAGACCUGUGCAGAAGAAACCGGAAGAUAAUCUUAAGCCGGAAGGUGAUUUCUAUGCUCCGGAGAAACCGAAAUACAAGCCUGGUGAAAGACCAUCACAAGUUCGUCCUGAAGAUAAUCUUAGACCAGAGGGCGAGUUCACCGUGCCUGAUAAACCAGAAUAUAGGCCAGCAGAAAGACCCGUUCAGAAGAGACCUGAAGAUAACCUCAAGCCUGAAGGCGAUUUCUACACUCCCGAAAAGCCAGGAUAUCGCCCUGCUGAACGAACUGAAAUUAUUGUCAGGAAGGAUAACCUUCGCACAGAGGGUGAAAUGACAUUCGUAGAAAAGGAGGAAUAUAAAUACGUUAAGAGACCAGAACCUGUUAAGCCCGGUGACAAUCUAAAACCCGAGGGUGAAUUUUACACUCCAGAGAAGCCAAAAUUCUUGCCCGGCGAACGACCGUCACAAGUCAGACCAGAUGAUAAUCUCAAGCCUGAAGGUGAAUUUUAUACUCCAGAGAAACCCAAAUUCAUGCCUGGAGAGAGACCGAGUCAAGUUCGUCCUGAAGAUAAUCUGAAACCAGAGGGAGAUUUCUUUACACCUGAGAAACCUGGCUUCAGACCAGCUGAGAGACCAGUUCAAAAGAAACCGGAAGACAAUCUGAAACCUGAGGGAGAUUUCUAUACACCCGAAAAACCAGGUUACAAACCGGCUGAAAGACCUGUUCAGAAGAAACCCGAAGACAAUCUUAAACCCGAAGGUGAUUUCUAUGCACCAGAGAAGCCUGGAUUUAAACCCGCCGAAAGACCUGUGGCCAAGAAACCCGAGGAUAAUUUGAAGCCCGAGGGUGAUUUCAAUGUGCCAGAUAAGCCAAGCUAUAAACCUGCCGAAAGAGUUGAGAGAAUUAUUCGUAAAGACAAUCUCCGCACUGAGGGUGAAAUGACGUUCGUAGAGAAAGACGAAUACACCUACGUUAAGAGACCAGAACAGGUGCGUCCUGAAGAUAAUCUCAAGCCGGAAGGCGAUUUCUAUACUCCCGAAAAGCCGGGUUAUCGUCCAGCUGAAAGGCCAGUACAGAAGAAGCCUGAGGAUAAUUUGAAACCCGAAGGUGAUUUCUAUGCUCCCGAAAAGCCGGGCUAUCGUCCAGCCGAGAGACCAGUUCAGAAGAAACCGGAAGACAAUCUCAAACCAGAAGGUGAUUUCUAUUCCCCUGAAAAGCCCAAAUUCCGACCUGGCGAAAGACCUAGUCAGAUUCGUCAUGAAGACAAUCUGAAGCCAGAAGGUGAUUUUUACGCCCCAGAAAAGCCGGGUUAUCGUCCUGCCGAAAGACCAGUUCAAAAGAAACCGGAGGAUAAUUUGAAACCCGAAGGUGAUUUCUAUGCUCCAGAAAAACCAGGAUAUCGUCCAGCUGAAAGGCCGGUCCAAAAGAAACCUGAAGACAAUCUCAAACCCGAAGGCGAUUUCUAUACUCCUGAGAAGCCUGGUUAUAAGCCCGCCGAAAGACCUGUUCAGAAGAAACCUGAAGAUAAUCUCAAGACAGAAGGUGAUUUCUAUACUCCUGAAAAGCCUGGUUAUAAACCUGCUGAAAGACCAGUACAAAAGAAACCUGAAGAUAACUUAAAACCCGAGGGUGAAUUUUAUACUCCCGAAAAACCAGGCUAUAAACCGGCCGAAAGAACUCAAAAGGUCAUUCGCAAGGAUAAUUUGCGCACCGAGGGUGAAAUGACAUUUGUCGAAAAGGAAGAAUACAAAUAUGUCAAACGUCCCGAACCAGUUAAGCAAACGGACAAUCUGAAGCCAGAGGGUGAAUUCUAUGCACCGGAAAAACCAAAAUUCCGUCCUGGCGAAAGGCCAUCACAGGUACGUCCUGAGGAUAAUUUAAAACCGGAGGGAGAAUUUUAUUCCCCCGAAAAACCCGGUUUCAAACCCGCCGAAAAGGUAAUACCAAAGAAACCCAAGGACAAUUUGAAAACCGAAGGUGACUUUGUGCGUCCCGAGAAGACCCAAUUCAAACCGGCUGAGAAAACCGAACGCAUUGUACGAAAGGAUAAUUUACGCACUGAAGGUGAAAUGACCUUUGUUGAGAAGGAGGAGUACAAGUAUGUUAAGAGACCUCAACCUGUAAGGCCCGAGGACAAUUUGAAACCUGAGGGUGACUUCUACACUCCCGACAAGCCCGGAUACAAACCAGCCGAGAGACCAGUACAAAAGAAACCUGAAGACAAUUUGAAACCGGAGGGUGACUUCUACACUCCCGACAAGCCCGGUUACAAACCAGCCGAGAGACCCGUGCAAAAGAAACCUGAGGAUAAUCUCAAGACCGAGGGCGACUUCUAUACUCCCGAAAAGCCUGGUUUUAGACCCGCCGAGAAGCCGGUGGUUAAGAAACCCAAAGACAAUCUAAAGCCUGAAGGCGAUUUCUAUACACCUGAAAAGCCAGGUUAUAAGCCGGGCGAAAGAACUCAGAAAAUUGUGCGCAAGGAUAAUCUACGCACGGAGGGUGAAAUGACAUUUGUGGAAAAGGAGGUAUACAAACAUGUUAAACGUCCAGAGCCUGUUAAGUUCAAGGAUAAUCUGAAGCCAGAAGGAGAGUUUUAUGCACCCGAGAAACCGGGUUUCAAGCCUGCCGAGAGACCGGUGCAAAAGAAACCUCAGGACAAUUUGAAACCUGAGGGAGAAUUUACGGUACCCGAUAAGCCUGGAUACAAACCCGCCGAAAGGACCACCAAGGUCAUACGUAAGGAUAACUUACGUACAGAAGGUGAAAUGACAUUUGUGGAGAAAACCAAAUAUGUAGCUGGCGACAGGCCCAAACAGGUGCGCCAUGAAGAUAAUCUCAAGCCAGAAGGCGAGUUCUAUACUCCAGAGAAGCAGGGCUUUAAACCUGGCGAAAGACCAGUUGCCAAGAAGCCUUCGGAUAAUCUCAAACCGGAGGGAGAAUUCUAUACUCCCGAGAAGCCUGGCUUUAAGCCUGGUGAGAGACCUGUGGCCAAGAAACCGGUAGAUAAUUUGAAACCGGAGGGAGAAUUUGUGACCCCCGAAAAACCAGGCUUCAAACCGGCUGAAAGGGUGCAACGUGUUGUGCGCAAAGAUAAUUUACGUACCGAGGGUGAAAUGACCUUCGAACAAAAGAACACCUAUCAAUAUGUCAAGAGGCCAACACCAAUUAAGCCCAGCGAUAAUCUCAAACCUGAAGGAGAGUUCUAUAAGAAAGAAAAGGAUGCCGGUCCUAGAGAUGUUGUGGACCGUGUAACACCCAAGAGGCCGGUGGAUAAUCUCAAAAUGGAGGGAACCAUGGAAAUUACCCGCAAAAACCAAACUAAGACCGAUCACACGGCAACCACGGUACGCCAAACUACAAAGAAGGUAGUCCACAACAGCUCCUCGAUUAGUUUGGGUUCAGACACGUCCAUUCUGAAGACCACAAAUCAGAUGAGUUAUGCCUCGAGUAAAAACGCUGUACCCGUGGCCGAUUUGAAUACUCAAAAACCGGCUGAUGGCAUGGUGAUAGUCUCCACUAAGCGGGUGACCACCGUUAUUGGCAGCAAAAACAAAAAGGAACCCGAAACUCAAUAUGUUCGUCGCCAGGGCAAGGUCAAUGUCAUUGAAAAUGUCGAGAAAUCCACCAAGGUGAAGAAUGUUAAAAACGUGGAAAAUGUCUACAAUGAAGACGUAUCGAUGACCCAGAAUCGUGUGAGUACCGCCAAGAAGAGCAUCCAGCAACAUGACGUGAACGAUGUUAGCAGCACAAAUGUUGUUAACAGAAAGGUUAUGCAGAGUGACGUUAACAGUCACGAACAACAUAAUCACCAUCACCACCACCACCAUCAUCAUCAUGAUGCCAGUGGUAAUCAUACCCAUGUCCAUAAGAAUAUUGUGCAUCACGAAACUUGCCCGGUGGUCCAAAGGAAUUUGCUCCACACCACCAGCGGUGGCAGCAGUAGUGAUACCAAACAUGUGAUCACCACUGAUGGCAGCAGCGUUACUCAAAAUGGAGUGAGUGGCACUACCAUAAUUAAGGGUGGUGGAAGUCGUACAGUAACCUCUACGGUUACUCAGCACACCGACAAGGAAUCCACAUGCCUGGCCAGCAAAAUGACAUCUUCCAGUAAUAAAAUCCACUCGGAGGGAUCAACAACGACCACACGUCGGGUUACCAAUGUUAAUCAACGUAAUGGCAAUGGCUCUGAUAUGAAGAGCCUGAUAAGUGGUGGAGGUGGUGGAAGUGAUACAUAUAAUGUCACCACCAAAAUUACCAGAAAUGGUGGCACUGCAGAAAAUGGUCAUCUGGUCCAAUCGUCGUCAAAAUCCAAUAUCAGUUCCAACAUCACCGAAAGCACCAAUGCCAACACAUCGUCCACCAGCAUGUCGACAAGUAAACAAUUCCAUCACCGUAAGACCGAGUUCUCUUCCGAAUCGAAUGUGGCCAAUACGAUUUUGCAACGUAAGUCGACUCCCACAGAAUCGCAGCAAUUUGGUAGCCUCUCCUCCAAUGCCAAAAUUCAUCGUAAGAGCAUCAUGAAUCUAAAUGAACAGCCAUCGAGUUCAUGGUUCCCCAGUGAAAGACAAAGCUACAGCAGCCUGCAUCGUCAGAAGUUAGAAUCUGAGGGUGGCAACAGUUCAUGUGCCGUCCACAAUGCCUCGGAGCGUCGUAGUCACACUGCCAUACACCGUGAAACAAAGGAGUUGCAACAGAGCAACAAGACGGCCUCCUCGAACGCACAUCAUACCCAUCAUCAGCAUCACACAACAACAAGUGCUGUCGAUUUUCCCUCGUAUCGGACCAGUGAACGUGUUGUGACACGUCAUCGUGGCAAUCAAUCGACAUUCUCAUUGGGUGAUUCCGGAUCAUCGUCCUCCGUUUCCAGUAAUUAUAAAAUGGAAUAUAAAACAGUUCCAGUCACAACCUGUACUGUGCAUAAAAUAACACAAGGUGCAUUCCAACAAUCUAGGGAUACUACUCAAGAGCAUAAAUUUUUCAAAACUACCAAGUAACAGCAAUAACAACAACAACAACAACCACUAAUGAUAAUAAUCUGUAAUUAUAUAAGCAUGUAACAUAAUCUAAAAAAGAAACAAUAAUAAUGAAAAAGUAUACAUUAUAUAGAUAUUUAGGAUCCGUUUAACCCUUAAACCGGUAAAAGAGGGAAAAA